UAUAUCAGUUUUCUUUAUAAAGAAUAAAGAGGAUUUUUUUUUCUAUAAAUUUUUAUUAAAUAAACUGUCACACAAACACAUACUUAACAUUUUCUCCAGUGCUUGCUACAUUUAUAUUCACUCAAGGUAAAUUUCGUAACAUCACAUGCUACUUAGACUAAUCAAUAUUAUUCAACGCAACUAAGCUUCUAAAUUGGGGACUGUGUAUGAUUUUCAACUUUGUGGGUAUUUAAAAACUACUUGUUUUCUACAUUGAUUUAUUUUAACGGUUGUGUAAGGAUGACUUAAGUUUCUUUUCAGUCUAACGUAAUUGGUUUCAUACAAUAUCUAACAACUGAUCGGUUUGCUAAACCAGACUUUUUCUACUAUUAUGUCUUAGACAUACUUUAUUGAUUGUGUUACAAAUUUACAACAACUAUUUUCGUAAUAAAAUCAGUGUACUGUAACUACUUAAAAUUAGUUGAUAGUGUUGUAUCUAGAUAAAUUAAGUUCGCAAAAUAGUUUUUCAGUCGAGUUACCCAAUCAAGCCGAUAAUUGAAUGCUUUAUAAAAAUGUUAAGUAUAAAUUGCUUAAAUAUAAAAUACCUUAUUUUCAAUGGUGAACAUCAUCUCUCUCUUGUCUUUAUUUAAAGACUUGAAAUUUUUAUUACCCAGAAAAUGCUUAGACUCAUAAUUAUUCAUGUAUACUAUGAAAAUAACGUUAAAUGUGAAGAUGAACGAAUCCACAGUUUAGCUGAAGUCGAACGUAAACGUAUGCAAAAUCUGGAAGCAGAAACUGAACUAAAACAGAUACAUUUAUGUUUAAAGAGAGAACCUAAAUGUCAGACUAAGAAACUGACCAAGAAAACUGUCAAACCAUCCAUAGAUUGGAUGGAAACCCAGAAACCCGGGAUGCAUCCCCCACCCGAUUCAAACAAAUACAAAAAAAUAAAAGAUGAUGAUCUAUUAGCUAAGGCAGAAACCGAUAUUUACAAUCAAACAGAUAAUGAUCCAAAAAACAGAUAUACUGAUGUAAACCACUCAAAUCGGCUAAAAGAAUUAGAUCCAGAUGCAUGCUUACAUUUACCUCUUGGUUUGGUAAGAAAUCCUACUCCAAGAACAAAGAAGUUUUUAUCAUCCGAGACCAAUGAAUCACUUUAUGCUACGGCAAAUCAAAUAGUUUAUUCAUCAUCUGAUGACCAAGCACAGAAACGCUGACAAGGAAAGGGAGCAAUAACUUAAUUCAGUUGAUAGAAUGUUGUUUAAUGAAUAUUUUUCUAAAGAAAACAAUCAAUAUUUACAAGAAGCGUUUUGUUGAUGUUUAUUGUUUCUUCAGCAAUUAUAAAUUUUGAUUACCAUUGUAAAAUUUUCUAUUUUCAAUCAUGUUAUCGGUAAUCAAUUAAGUCAAAAAAAUGUUUAUUUCACUCCAGUUUUAACAUUACUCUGCUUUUUAAUGAUUCAAUAGUUUGUAUUCCAGCAAGUAAAAGUCACAUCAUAAACAGUUUUAA